CAAACUAAAUAUAAGUCCGUGGCUUUGACACUGUUAUCAACACUCGUUAGCCCAGGUGUGCUGCAAGGACAGUAAAACCGCGUUGUCUCUGCAACUGUCACCAUGACUAUCAUUCAUCUGGAGGACAUCGUCUACCCGGGCAUCGUCACUACCGCAGCAGGAAUUCAGCUAAGCAUAUUUGCUGGUAAGGUGUACAAUGCAAGAACCAAGUACAAAAUUGAAUUUCCUGCAGUUACUGGGAAUACAAACUUUGAACGCGUUUUCCGAGCUCAGCAAAAUACACUGGAAUGGUUUCCAGUUUUUGCAACGGCCUUGUGGGGUUCAUCACUGUUCUUUCACCAAGUUCCAUCAGCACUUUGUGGAGUAGUGUAUUUGUACAGCAGGCAUAAAUAUUUUAAGGACUACAGUGUCCAGUGUGGAAGCAAGAGUUCCAGGAUUCAUGCUUGGCGUCAAAUGCAUGCAAAUAAUGCUUGUGAUGAGUACUGCUGGCUUUGUGACAGUAUUGCUCAGGAGGCAUGCUGGCAUCGAUUUGGCAGUCAUCUUUCGCAGUGCUGUCAACAAGUACACUGGCAUCCUCUUGUAGGUUCACACUGAUUGCUUUGCAUCCACUGCAGGUUACACGUGUGAGGGAUCUAUUUGACACUGACGCAGCACAGAUAUAGUGUGUAUUGUAUAUUUGUUUACAUGUAUUCCUGAAGAUGAUAAUAGAGAAUGUCGAGUUGUCCAGAUAGAAAUCUCAGUUAAAAGAUGAAGCAAGAUUUGGCUAUUUUUCUCAAUAUCUUUGUGUUGACUGAAACUUAGAUCAGCUGAUGACCAAAUUAUACAGAAUUUUAUUAUAUUCUAUAAUAUAUAAUUACAUAUUCUUGAGAAUUACAUGUGUUUCAAUCGUAUCUUAUUGGAGACAACAUGCAAAUUGAAAAUACACCCACUUGCAUGUGCAUGCAUUCAUAAGUGGGAAAUAUUUACUUUGAUAAGCAGAUUAUGCUCGAAGUGUUAACAUUUUCAUAUUCUGAGUUUGCUUUAGCUGUUGCCAAGUCUUAGUGCAUCAUUUUCAUGAAAUAAAAUAUGUACACAAUCAUACUAUUGUGUUUGUGUCAA